AUGGCAACUCACAAGCUGAGCUUUUUCGAAAAGAUCGCCAACACUACUGGGGCCCUUUACCGGCACCAAGCUCAGCAGUUCCCACGUCGUCUCGCGAUCUUGAAGGCUGUCGGAAAGCACGAGUUGGCACCACCAAGAACUGCUGAUUUGCCUGCCAUCAAAGCCGAUUGGGCAAAGGUUCAGAAGUUCAUCCAAUCCAAGCAAUACAGCCAACUCACUGUCAAGGAAGGACUCGUCUACACUGCCGUUGCUCUUGAAGUCGUUUUCUGGUUCUUCGUCGGAGAGAUGGUUGGUCGUCGCUACGUUUACGGAUACCUGGUCCCAUCUGAUUACGUUUCCAAGGACACCAAGGCCAAAGUCGCCGAACAGAAGAGACUCGCUGCUCUCGAGGCAUAA